AUGACACGGCGAGUCAGCCCCAACGAGUACAAGCCCGUGGCGACAACACGAAGGAAGCGCCCGCUUGGGAAUGCCCAACAACACAGCGACGGACCUGCAGAAACUGCGCAAGCUUCUGCUCCAGGAGAGGAGGGGCAGCCGCAGCCAGCCAAUGAAGAGGUCGUUGAAGUUUUCCCCGAGCAGAUGGAAGGUCGCCACGAUGCUCAGCCAUCGCGGUUGCCGGCGGAUGCCUUCCACGAACAAGUCCUGCUGGGAUGUGAGCCUGAGCUCUCUCAAGCUUGGCAAAGAAUCCAGAUGCAGAACAUGCAGAAGCAGCUCCGAACGCUCGGCCGCUACAAAGACUACGAUGAUGCCGCGCAGCGAGACAAGGACGGUGAAGCGCGGUCAUCCGGCUCCCGGCGUUUGCGGCGACUCCACGUUAUUGGCCAGAAUGACAGUCUUUCCAGUGACACGGAGACGGAGGUGGUGCAGCGGGCAGUCGUUGUGAAGGACGGAGUGGCCCAGUAUGGCCCAGUCAUAACUCAAGCCAGUGUGGUGGUUCAUCAGUCGCAUUUCGAAGCGGCAGCUCUGCUUCUUCACCUUGUCAUCUUGUUAUGCGUUGGCCUGCGCGAUGCUGGUAACCUGGUAGAGUCGUGA